AUGAUCGUGCGGUUCCUGACGAAGCGGUUCAUCGGGGACUACGAGCCCAACACAGGCAACCUCUACUCCAGGCUGGUCCAUCUGGACGGGGACCACGUUGCCGUGCAGAUCCAAGACACGCCGGGGUGCAUCCAGAUGCAGGAAGACUGCGUGCAGGUGCUGGACUCCCUGUCCAGGUGUGUGAAGUGGGCAGAGGGCUUCCUCCUGGUCUACUCCAUCACAGACUACAGCAGCUACCAGUCAGUCCGACCUCUCUACCAGCACAUACGCAAGGUCCACCCAGAUGCCAGGACUCCCAUCAUUAUCGUGGGGAACAAAGCAGACCUCCUCCACGCCAGGCAAGUACAGGCGAAAGAGGGACCACAGCUGGCAAAUGAACUGGGCAGCCUGUUCUUGGAAAUCUCCACGAGUGACGACUCCCAAGGCGUCUGUGAUGUUUUCCAUUACCUUUGCAAGGAGGUCAGCAAACUACAGCACGCUGGCAGCACGGACAGGAGGCGGUCGUCCAUCAUCCCUCGGCCCAAAUCUCCCAACAUGCAAGAUCUAAAGAGACGUUUCAAACAGGCUUUAUCUUCCAAAGUCAAAUGAACCCCCCAAUGAGAUCCUGCGUGACUCAACAGACUUUGUUUUUGUAAACUAGUUAACAAAAAUCUUUAUUUUUGUACUAAUGCCAGCAGUAUGGAAGUAAGUAUGUCGAAGCUCGUGAUUUCCUUGCCGUUCUCUCUUGUUUGACUGGUUGGGUUAUUUUUAAAAAAAAAAAAAAAAAAAUGCUGCAUAGCAACUAAAUAGUGGUAGUUGGAGGAAGGGAUUUUUGCCAGGAGACUUUGAUUCCAUUUCUGUUUUGGGCUGGGAUUUGCUGUUUUAGGCUGCUCAAAUGACUUUUUUGGGGCCUCCGUUUCCUGUUUGUAAAAUGGGAGUGAUGAUGAUAUAAUACUCACCUGCCUUUAUAAAAUGCUUGGAAAGCCUUUGAUGGAAAGCUUUAUAUGGAGAGGGAAAAAAAAGCUCUAUUAAACAUGAAAAUAUAAAACUAUCUGUAAGAAUUCUGAUUAUGAUAGGAUCUCUGUUCUCCCUCAAAGAUUGCUGUUUUGCUUGCACCUGUAAUCGCCUGAGUGAUGAUAAGCUGUUAGGAAUGAGUUCCAAUUUCUGAUGUGCUGCACCACUUGCUUUAGAGAUCUAUCCCACAGAAUUAAUCUUUCAGGCCCCAAGCAUUUAACAGGAGGGCUGAGUUUCUCCUACAGAUUACCGUGGGACAAAGCGCUGAGCAAUCCGCAGCAGAGGAGCGUGUGGGAUGGUUGUUGCUUUCCCUGAAGACGUGUGGUAGGAAGGACUGAUGCGUAGGUUCCCUUAACAGAAAAUAGCUACACUUAAAAAGAAUCACAUCUUUAUCUUCCGCAGGGCAAUUUUGUAGCCAUUGGAAACAGGUUAGACUUCUCACUCUUACUUCACAUAAGCUCUACACCAUACUAGAAUGGUUUUUACUAACUGUUUGCUGGAUGUCUAAGCACGGAACGUGGGUUUUGCACUUCAAAUAUGCCUCUGAAGUAUGUGCAUUGU